UUGGUACUGAUCCCCUUAUCACCUGGCUCCUUGCUGAAAUUCCUGCUGGAGGGCGUGUGGGUGUGGACCCCUUCCUCUUCUCUGUUGAUGCCUGGGAAGGUUAUGACCUGGCCCUCCGAGAUGCCAACAGACAGCUGGUAUCCAUUACAACCAACCUUGUGGACCUGGUAUGGGGGUCAGACAGGCCCCCAGUUCCAAGCCAGCCCAUUUAUGCCCUGCAGGAGGCAUUUGUAGGGAGCACUUGGCAGGAGAAAGUAUCCGACAUCCGAAGCCAGAUGCAGAAGCAUAGCGGGGCUCCGACUGCUGUGCUUCUGUCUGCACUUGACGAGACGGCCUGGCUCUUCAACCUUCGCAGUGAUGACAUCCCGUACAACCCGUUCUUCUAUUCCUACACACUGCUCACAGACUCUUUCAUCAGGUUAUUUGCAAACAAGAGUCGCUUUAGCCCAGAGACUCUGAAGUACCUGAAUUCCAGCUGCACAGGCCUCAUGUGUGUACAAAUUGAGGACUAUAACCAAGUCCGAGACAGCAUCCAGGCCUACGUCUCAGGAAAUGUUAAGAUCUGGAUCGGAGCCAGCUAUACCACAUAUGGGCUCUAUGAAGUGAUACCCAAGGAGAAACUUGAGACAGACACCUACUCCCCAGUGAUGGUGACCAAGGCAGUGAAAAACAGCAAGGAGCAGGACCUCCUCAAGGCUAGCCACGUGAGGGAUGCUGUAGCUGUGAUCCGGUACUUGGUAUGGCUGGAGAAGAAUGUGCCCACAGGCACAGUGGAUGAGUUCUCUGGGGCACAGAUUCUGGACAAAUUCCGAGGAGAAGACAACUUCUCCUCUGGACCCAGUUUCCAGACCAUCUCUGCUAGUGGCCUGAAUGCUGCCCUGGCCCACUACAGCCCGACCCAGGAGCUGCACCGCAAGUUGUCCUCAGAUGAGAUGUACCUGGUGGAUUCUGGGGGGCAAUACUGGGAUGGGACCACAGACAUUACCAGAACAGUCCACUGGGGUACCCCCUCUGCCUUCCAAAAGGAGGCAUAUACCCGUGUGUUGAUGGGAAACAUCGAUCUGUCCAGACUUGUCUUUCCUGCUGCUACGUCAGGGCGAGUGGUGGAAGCUUUUGCCCGCAAAGCCUUGUGGGACAUUGGGCUCAAUUAUGGUCAUGGAACAGGUCAUGGCAUCGGCAAUUUCCUGUGUGUGCAUGAGUGGCCAGUGGGAUUCCAGUCUUACAACAUUCCAAUGACUAAGGGCAUGUUCACAUCCAUUGAACCUGGCUACUAUCAGGAUGGAGAAUUUGGUAUCCGUCUUGAAGAUGUGGUCCUUGUAGUCGAAGCAAAGACCAAGUAUCCAGGGACGUACCUGACCUUUGAAGUGGUGUCUUUUGUGCCCUAUGACCGGAACCUCAUCGAUGUCAGCCUGCUGUCCCCUGAGCAGCUCCAAUACCUGAAUCACUAUUACCAGACCAUCCGUGAGAAGGUGGGCCCGGAGCUACAGCGUCGACAACUGCUAGAGGAGUUCGCAUGGCUACAGCAGCACACGGAGCCCCUGUCUGCCAGGGCCCCAUGUACCACCUCCUUAACCUCUGUAUUAGUAGCCUCCACUCUUGCCAUCCUCAGCUGGAGUAGCUAG